CUCAUUUCUCUGUUUUUGCAAAUACAAAUAAUUCGUUUCAGUUAGUUGUUUUAAUUAUGAAUCCAGAAGCAUUGGGUGAUAUAAGGUCUCCUAUGGUUUUAUGUAAUGGACAGGAAUUGGAACAGAGUAUGAAGAGUUUAAACAUGAUGAUGUUGCAAAAAGAUGGUUCAUACAAAAAUCUGCCAAUUGGUUUAACCCCUGUCUCCUUUAAAAGAGACAAAUUAAAAGAAUUGCGGAGCUUGCAAUCCGAUUUGAUAGACUGGAUCAUGCUAGGAUUAAUAAAAGAAAGUUCCGUGAUUGUAGAUCUUUUGGAAAGUGUAGCAAAAACGGAUGACUUCAUACAUCGGUUGCUAACCAUUUACAAGAAGGCUAUCUCGAGUGAUAUAUACAGCAAAAAGCCCUAUUUGUCAAUUAUCAGAAGUGAUUUCUUCUUCGACGCCCAAUCACUAAGCUGGAAGCUAAUCGAAAUCAAUACCAUAGCUGUUGCAGGAGGAUUUUUCUCUGACGGAAUUGACAAGCUUUAUUUAGAACGCAAUCUGGAAAAUAAAGUUUUCCUCGCAGAUCAAGGGAAAAGGACAGACGUGAUAGUGGAAGGCAUUGUAGCAGCUCACCAGAAUCUAGUCGACACUUUUUAUUGCGGAGUUCUGGACUCAAAUGCCAAUAUCAGUAGAUCGAAACUGGGCGAAGAAUCCAAAAGUCAGACUGUUGGUAUAUUAUACAACGAUCUGCGUGACAAAAGCGAACAUCAAGUAAUAAUGGAAAACACAGAGCUGCCUUUUGCUGUGCUCAUACUUGCCAGAAAUUAUCAGGAGACUUUUCACUUGGACCAGUUAGGUGUUGCCAACAAAAUUUCCAAAAAGAACAUUCCAGUAAUAGUGUCUUCCUUCGAGGAUAUUUCGAAAUCGGCCUACAAGGUAACAAAUGACAAGCGGUUAAUUUUCACUACGAGGGACCAAAAAGUGACGUGCCAACUAUCUUGUGUCUACUUCCGCGGAGGCUACGACCCCAAUGAUUACGUAGAUGAUGCGUGCUGGCAGUUUGUGGAGGACGCUGAAUUAAGUAGGGCUGUUCUAGUUCCAUCUGUGGGUCUGCAUCUAGCCGGCACCAAAAGGGUUCAGUGUGCACUGAAUGAAAAUGACGGGGAACUCCUGAGGAAGUUGCAACCGAAGAACGCCUUGAAUGACUUGUUCAGGUCCACCUUCGUGCAUCAGUUUGAGCUGAAUUGCAGCAAUGUGGAAGAGGUGAUCGGAAACUGCCACAAGUAUGUGGUUAAGCCCCAGCGGGAAGGGGGAACGAACAACCUCUUUGGAGAAGACAUAGUAAAACACGUGGAGUCCCUCGAGAACAAAUCUCUUCUAUCUCGUUACAUUGCGAUGGAACUCAUUAAGGGCCAAGGCGUGAACAACUACCCUGUCCGGACCAAAGACGGUGACACUGUCUACUUGGAGGAAGCGGUGGCCGAAGUCGGAGCAUGUAGCGUCCUUCUGGUCGACCCGAAAUUACCUGAAGAAAACCAAGUUGUGAGGCAUCAGUUUGCGGGGUUGGUGACGAAGAUCAAGCGAGCAACGUCUAACGAAGCGGGAGUUUCCGUCGGCAACGGGUUCCUAACGUCUUUGUCUUCAGUGCCUGAAGAUCAAUAAAGUAUCUAAAUUGUUGUAGUCAUGUUCAAUAAGCAUACGGCAAAGCAAAUUAUCUUAUUAAAUCGUUUUAACAGAGGAAAUAAUGUGAAAUCUUGUUUUUUUUUUCCAGUAAUUGUUAGUUAAAGAAUGAAAGCUGCUGGCAGUUCUACGAAUACAUUGCAGCUAAGUUUCGAAAAACUUUGACGGUGGUAAAUGUGGAAACCCAUAUCAUUUGUUUUGGCGCCCUCAAAGCUUCGUAAUAAUUAAUGAACAUCAUGUUGACUAAAUUAGUCUUAUUUCUCAUUAAAUCUCUUGAAGAUGCGGGAAGGGAGAAUUUAUCACACUGGCUGCUUUAAGUUGCGAUGGCAUCAAAUCUUCUCGGCAAAGUUCGUGCUUUCAUUUUGAUUUAAAUCCUGGGCCUUGCGAAGCUCAACGUUCCUGAAUGGUUAAAUAUUGUUAAUCUAAUUGCACUAAUUGGCACCUGUGUUGAAUCGAUAGCUGGUCGGUGUAAUAUGAACGUACAAUCAUAUUACUUGGCCAAAAAAAUUAUCCUGCACUUAAAAUUACAAUGAAUCGAAAAUUAAUGGCAAAAAUUGAGAAUUAAUUAAAUUGGCAAAUCAAAUAGUGUACAAAUUAUUCUAUCAUAUCUCUUAUCAAUAACAUUAUUGGGCAACUCUCUCGUGCCUGAAUGACCAAUGGAUAUGUUAGCCUGUCAGAAAUCAGUAUUCGAAAUUUUGAAAAAAAAUAAGCAUGAAAAUUUUUCAUUCGACCAUGAGAAACUACCUAUCAAUCAUCGACAUCAAUGUGAGUAUGCCCAUAUAAAGCCUCCAAACGAAAUUCAAUUUUACUAAUUGUUGUCAUCACUACAGCAAUAGAUUUAUUAAAAGUGCUUUUAAAAAUGCAGUUUGGGAAAUAUUCAAUUUCUCUGCAAAAGGCAGUCAGUUAAUCGCAAUUUGGAAAAUGAAAGAAAAAGAAACUUCUUGUACCUGUGAUAUUUCAAGGUGCUAUAGAAAAUGCUUCAGUUUUCGUUUUUUAAUUCUGUGAUAAUCAUUCAUUCCAUUAUAAAGUAUAUUCGUAGCUUUAAGUUAACUUCUACCAUUUAUACUGUUUAUAUAACAAAGUAAUAAAGACAGUUGCCGCGAUUG